AUGGGCUUGAGCGCCGCAGUGUACCGCGCGGUGCGGCGCAAGGGCUACCAGGUGCCGACGCCAAUCCAGCGGCGAACCCUGCCGAUGGUGCUGGCGGGGCAGGACGUGGUCGCCAUGGCGCGCACUGGGUCCGGCAAAACGGCGGCGUUUCUCAUUCCCAUGAUCGAGCGGCUCAAGGCGCACUCGAACACGGGCGGGAUUCGCGCCGUGAUUCUCUCUCCUACGAGAGAGCUGGCGCUACAGACGUUCAAGUUCACCAAGGAGCUGGGGAAAUUCACCGACCUGCGAGCAGCCGUGCUGGUGGGAGGAGACAGCAUGGAGGGGCAGUUCGAGGCGCUCUCGCGCAACCCGGACAUUCUCGUCGCGACACCUGGCAGGCUCAUGCACCAUCUUGCUGAGGUGGAGGGUAUGAGCCUGAAAUCCGUGGAGUAUGUUGUUUUUGAUGAGGCUGACCGGCUUUUUGAGAUGGGGUUUGCAAUUCAGCUGAAGGAAAUUUUGCGCGGCAUGCCCGAGUCGCGCCAGACGCUGCUUUUUUCGGCCACGCUGCCCAAGAUGCUCGCGGAGUUCGCCCGGGCAGGUUUGCGGGAGCCGCAGCUGAUCCGAUUGGACACAGAGACGAAGCUGAGCCCGGACCUGGCCCUUUGUUUUUUCACGGUGAGACCGCAUGAGAAAAUGGCCGCCCUGCUGCAUUUGCUUCAGGAGGUUAUUCAGGUGGGGACAGCGGCAGGUGGGGGGGGGAGGGAAAGGGAAAUAAGGGAAGAGGGCGAGGAUGAGGAAGAAUUAGGAGAAGAAAGGGAGGAUGAAGCAAGAGAAAGGGAAGGGAGAAGGAGGGGGUUUGCUGGGAGGGGCAAUGGGAAGCAGACGAUUAUAUUCGUUGCAACAAAGCAUCAUGCCGAGCUGUUACACGAAGUGUUACAAUCCGAACGGUUACCAUCUUCGGUGGUUUACGGUGCCAUGGACCAAACUGCCCGAAAAAUCCACAUCGCCAAGUUCCGGGCAGGCAGAACAUCUCUCCUCAUCGUGACCGACGUUGCUGCCCGAGGCAUCGACAUCCCUCUUCUCGACAACGUCAUAAAUUUCGACUUCCCGCCCAAGCCGAAACUUUUCGUGCAUCGGGCAGGCCGUGCAGCACGCGCUGGCCGUUCGGGCACCGCGUAUUCUUUUUUCACGGCAGAAGAGCUGCCCUUCGUGCUCGACCUGCACCUUUUCCUCUCCAAACCCAUCCGCCCGGCGCCGCUAGAUUCCGAGAUCGAGGCGACAGGUGGCGCGAGCCUAUUGGCCGCAAAGGAAGCGCAGGAGCGGAGCGAAACAGUCUAUGGAAGAUACAUUCAAACCGAGCUGGACCGUUAUUUGGAGAGGUUGAGGGAGUUGGAGAGUUCAAGUGUGGCUGUGGGUAUGCUGCAGAAGGUGGCUGGGAAGGCCAUGAAGCUGUACCUGCGAACACGGCCGGCUGCUUCGAAUGAGAGUGCGAAGCGGAGCAAGGCGAUGGCGGGGAGGGAGGGCGUGCACCUGCUGCUGAGGGAGCGCUUGGGCGGGCUGGAGUCAGCUGCUGCUGCCUUUGCCGAGCACCUUAAGAAGUUCAGGCCGAAGCAGACAGUGCUAGAGCUCGAGGCAGAAGCUGCCACAGCGAAGAAGAAAGUGGUGCGUUGCGCCCUUUUUCUUCCCAACCUGCUUUCCCCAUCUUCCCUUCCCAUAGCAGCGGGAUUGGAUGUGAUGCGAGCCAAGAGGGAGGCGAAUCAGAGGGCCAUCAGCAAUACCACCCCCCUCUUCUGUUUCCCCCUCCCCAUCUGUCAUGCUUCCCGCUCCGUCUCCUCCUCGUGCCCUCCCCUCCCUCCGUCACCCCAGGGCCCCAUAGCGGCGGGAUUGGAUGUGAUGCGGGCAAAGAGGGAGGCGCAUCAGACGGCCAUCAGCAAGCGGCGAGACAAGCUCGUGGCGGAGGGCCGCGAGGUGUGGGGCCAUGGGCUGGGGGACGAUGGGGAGGAGGAUGAGGAUGUGGGUGGAGAGGUGGAGGAGGGGGAGGAGGGAGAUGAGGGAGAGGAGGGAGAUGAGGGAGAUGAGGGUGAGGAGGGAGAGGAGGGAGAGGAGGGAGAGGAGGACGAGGAAGGGGAGGAUGAUGAAUUUGAUGGUGUUUUGGAGGGAGACGAGGGAGAGGAUGAAGGGGAAGAGGGAGGGGAGGAGGAUGAAGUGGUGACGGAGAUGGAUGGUGAUAGUGAUGAAGAGGGGGAGGCGGGUGGGGGGAAAAGGAAGAGGAAGGAGGGGGAGGGCGGAGGGGGGGGCGGGCAGGGGAGGGGGACGAAGAGGGAGAAGCCAACCACCUUCAAGGAUGACCAGUUCUUUAUCAACAGUAUCCCACCCAACAGGCAUUGGGAGAGCGGUCUUUCAGUCAACGGGCGGCCCAAGAACGAGUUCUCAGCUGAAGUGCAAAAGUUUGAGGCAGAGGUGCUGGAUCUGGCUCCUGAUGAUGGCGAAGGGGCGCAGAAGAGGAAAUCAGUGUUCCACUGGGAUAAGAAGAGCAAGAAGUACGUCAAGCUGAACCCCGGGGAGACACUAGGGCCAUCGGGCAAGGUGCGCACGGAGAGUGGCACCAAGACCAGCGCGGGCAGCAAGGGCAUCUACAAGCGGUGGAAGGAGAAGACGCACAUGCGCGUGGGCGGCAGAGGGCCACGUGGCAGCGCUGGAUUGGACGCCGGCGAGGAUGCUGACGGUGCUGGCGGCUUCUCCAGGGGGAGGGGAGGAGGGAGAGGGGGGAGAGGAGGCCGAGGAGGCAUGUCGGGCAGAGGAGGGGCGGGCGGGCGAGUGAGGGACGAGCUGCGCAGCGUGGAUGAGGUGAGGAAGAUGCGCCAGGGUGCCAUCGCUAGAGGAGGUGGAGGGAGAGGAGGGAGUGGAGGGAGAGGAGGAGGUGGAGGGAGAGGAGGGGGUGGGGGGAGAGGAGGGGGUGGAGGAAGGGGUGGGAGUGGAGGGAGGGGAGGAAGGGGAGGGAGCAGAGGGAGGGGAGGGAGUGGAGGGAGGGGUGGAGGGAGGGGAAGGGGUGGAGGAAGGCCGAGUUCCAGUGGGAGAGGGGGUGGUAGAGGGGGCAAAGGCAAGAUGGGAAGGGGUGGGAAUCGAUUGGACGAGGAAUCCGUGUGUCACAUGGCCUUUGAGCUCAUAUUCGCGUUCGACGAGGUCAUUUCGCUGGGCCACAAGGAGAACGUGACUAUAGCGCAGGUGAAGCAGUUCACGGAGAUGGAGAGCACGGCGGAGAAGCAGUACAAGGCGGACAUGCUGAGCAAGAUCAACGAGACCAAGGACCUCAUGAAGAAGAAGGCGCAGGAGAUCGAGAAGCUCCGGGCGGACAAGAGAGUCGAUCGUGGGGGGAUUUCAGGCGGGCUGUCGAGCAUGGGUCCUGGCGGGGGAGGGCGGGCGGGCGGGAGUAUGGCGGCGCCGUCCAAGGGCAUGGGCAUGAAGCUGGGCAAGUCCACCAAGACGAACCAGUUCCUCGAGUCCCUCAAGGCGGAGGGCGAGAACAUCGUCGAGGACGCCUCGCUCCUGUCCGCCGCCGCCGGUGCGGGUGCCGCGGGUGGUGCUGGCGGGCCAGCGGCGUUCGUGGCGACGGACCCGAUCACGAUCCUGGUGGAGGAGAAGGUGGUGGUGGUGUGGAAGCGCGACGGCGGGCUGGAGAACAUGGAGGUGCAGGGCACCAUGGCGCUCACCGUGCUCAAGGAAGAGGACGCCUUCAUCCGCAUCCAGAUCGAGGGCGGGCAUGACAAGAGCUUCCAAUUCAAGACGCAUCCGAACAUUGACAAGGCGCUGUACGGCAGCCAGAACAUCCUGGGCCUCAAGGACCCCAACCGACCCUUCCCCACCGGCAGCCCGCUCGGCAUCCUCAAGUGGCGGAUGCAGUCCAAGGAUGAGACCGUCGUCCCCAUCAGCAUCAACUGCUGGCCAUCGGUAUCGGGUGCGGACACGUAUGUGAACAUAGAGUACGAGGCCACGCAGGCCUUUGACCUGCGCCACGUGGUCGUUGAGAUCCCGCUGCCUGCCCUGCGUGAGGCUCCCACCCUCAAGGACUAUGAUGGCGAGCCCAGAUAUGAUUCGAGGAGAUCCGUGUUGGAGUGGUGCAUCGACCUCAUUGACAACUCCAACCGCAAUGGGUCGAUGGAGUUUGUGGUGCCGGCCACCAACCCAGACGUCUUCUUCCCCAUUGAAGUGCGCUUCACAUCCGCCAAGACCUUCUGCGACGUCAAGGUUUUAUCUGUCACUCAAGCAAGCAGUGGCCAACCAGUCAAGUUUGCAGGGAGAACACAGAUGAGUGUGGAAAGCUACCAAGUCGUUUAG